CAUAUCACAGAGCAGCGCAGGAAACAGGGAGACUAUGAGAAAGCGCAGCCGCUCCAUUCAGCCACAUGGUUCCUCCACGGCCCAGACCCGCUGCGCUGCGCACACACACACGCACGUAAGGGACUGCUGCUGCUGCUGGCCACAAAGGCAAGCUUCAAGACUCCCAGGAAGAGUGUUCAGCCGCACAGGCAGCUGAGACUCAAAGCUGCUCAUUCUGAGGCGCGUGAAGACUUUCUUCAAAGAGCCAGAGGAGAAACUUGGAUGAACUUUGUGCGCGUGUGCGUGCGUGUCCAUCAGCUUCCAAGUCUGAGGAAUAGUUUGUUGUUGUUUUUUUUGUCUACAAGAUCUGAUUGUUUGAGGUGAAGUGAGAGCUUCCCGACUCCUGGAGGGAGAGAUGGUGCAGCACAUGAGUCAGACGGAGAGCGCCCACGCGCACUCUCCCGGCGGGGACUCCACGGACACGGGAGACAUCAUGGACUUGGAGAUAGACGCGUCUCCGUUGUCGGAGUCCCCCUCCUCGCGGGACUUGGCGUGGUGCAAAACCCCCACGGGCCACAUCAAGAGACCCAUGAACGCGUUCAUGGUGUGGUCGCAGAUCGAGAGGAGGAAGAUCAUGGAGCAGAGCCCCGACAUGCACAACGCCGAGAUCUCCAAGCGGCUGGGGAAGCGCUGGAAGCUGCUGAAGGACACGGAUAAGAUCCCGUUCAUCCGCGAGGCGGAGCGGCUCCGGCUCAAACACAUGGCCGACUACCCCGACUACAAGUACCGGCCCAGGAAGAAGGUGAAGUCAGGCGGAGGAGCGAGCGGCAAGCAGGCGGAGAAGAGCGCGGAGCGCAGCGCCAAGAGCGGCGUGAAGAGGAGCCCCGCGUCCAAAGGAGGCGGCAGGACGCACAGGCAGGGAGGGGGCAGCAGGAGCGCCCCGGGGCAGGACUCUCCCACUGACCACCAGUCACUCUUUAAAUCCAAGUCCGGGGCCAGGCAGAUCCCGGACAGGCGCGCAGGAGGAGGAGAGGCCAGGCGCGCGAGCCUGUUCAGCCCGGAGAGCGGACCCCCCUCCGUGGGGGUCCCGGCCAGUCCCACACUGAGCAGCUCGGCGGAGUCCAGCGACCCGCUCAGCCUGUACGAGGAGCAGAGCCCGGGCUCCACCGCGCGCCUCAGGUACGCUCGCGCUUCCUCCCCGACUCCAUCGGCCUCCCACUCUUCCUCCUCGGUGUCCUCCUCUUCCUCCUCCUCCUCUGAUGAGGAGUUUGAGGACGAGCGGCUCGACUUGAACCCGAGUCCGGGUUUUGAGGGCAUGUCCCUGGGAGGCAUGGGCUUCUCGGACGCCGAGCUGGACCGGGACUUGGACUGGAGCUUCGGGGAGAGCGGCGCGGGCUCUCACUUCGACUUCUCCGACUACUGCACCCCGGAGGUCAGCGAGAUGAUCUCAGGAGAGUGGCUGGAGUCCACCAUCUCCAACCUGGUGUUCACCUACUGACUCAGACCCAGCUGGAGCGGGGCGCCGUAACGCACGUUUGAACUCACCUGACCCCCUCCAGGACAGGCGGCAUGCGGCGAAACCUGAAGAGGUCCGCAUUUUUCCGUGCGCUCAACAAAGCAGAGGGAAACAGGUAAAGAAAAGGUGGCCUGAGCGCGCGCGCGGCUCACAGACUUGGACAGCGCUCCGUGCGCGUGAAGGGAGGAAAUGCUUAGUUUGCAUUUGGACUCGGAGGAGGAGGAGUGAAUGUAAGCCACGAGACUGGAGCGCUGAUGCUCUCCUCUAAGCUCUGAGACUGGACUCUGAUUUGGGUGGGGGGGUAGU